CGCGGGCGAUGGAGGGUAAAAUCGGCGGCUCGAUCGCGGCGGAGCAGGGUGAAAUCCUGAAGGGGAAGAAGGCGAGCGCGUUGGAGGGGGGUGAAACCCGGAAGAUGAAUAAGGCGAGCGCGUCGCAACGGGGUGAAAUCCGCGCGUCGCAGGGGACUGAAGUCCUGAAGAGGAAGAAGGAGUUGGCGGAGGCGAUAGCGGCGGAGGGUCGCCGGUGGCUGGGGUGGAAGAAACAGCCGUCCGGGUCCGGCAAGAAGAGGAAGGUGGUGGUCAAGAGGAGGUUGCCGCAGGCACUCAUCGAUUUUUUGAUUGCAAGUCCCUGCAAGCUCGUCGACGAGCUCCCUGACGACGUGCUGGCCGAGAAGGACUAUGAAUACCGCGAAACCUACGCUGAGAAAAAGGACAAGGCCCAGAAGAUAAAUGCCUACAACCAGACCCUCAUCGACCAGUACUACGCCAAUGGCUAUGCGGAGGACGAAUCUGAGGUCAGUGACGACGAGGAGGAGACGGUGGAGAACUGAGGCAGCAAUCAAACGGGGCUAAUAAUUUGCUGUGUGCGCAAAUCGAGCUAAGUUGGGAGUAUGUUUUAAUCAUCAUCUUGGUGUUAUCCUCUCGUUUGCUACUGGUGAUUCCUAUGUUAUUUAUCAUCCAGAUGUUAUUAUCACUACUUACUACUGGUGAUGCUUAUAUUUUUUACUCCCUACGUCUCAUACACUAGUGUAAAAAACGCUUUUAUAUUAUGGGACAGAGAGAGUAUUAAACAAGCAAGUUUGCAAUCGCAGAUGUUGCUGAUUGGAACGACACUAUAGUUUAGGUUCCCAAUCUUCAUACA